AUGUCAAUAUUUCCUGCGUUUGCAGAACAAGCAGUACAGGAAUCAACUAGUGCAAGUGCAACCAAAGAUUCUGAUAAAACAUGGCUUAAGAAUUCAAGUUUCCACUUCAUUGCAAGGUCCCCAAGUAGAAGUGAUAAUAUAACGUUGGGAAAGUUUGGAACUGAUAGUGAUUCAAUUCUAGAAGGAGAAACAUCAAAAUCUGCUAGUACAUCCAGAAAAAGAAAAAAGUCAUUGAAGAAAAAAACUAGGAAAAAAGGAAGAGGGGAUGAGAUAUCAGUAGUCUCUACAACCACUAUUGAAGAAAAUGAGUUUUUCGAAGUAAAUCCUAAAGGAAAUCGGGAAUUACUGAUGGUAUCAACUAUAUCACGCCCUUCAGCUCCCCAAUACCAUGCCACAUUACAUUUGAAUGCAUCACAUAAAUAUAUAUAUUCCAAGAAAAAGUAUAAAAGAUAUCAUCAACACAUUCCUGAAAAACUUAUCAAUAAAACAGAGGAUGAACUGGUUUUGACCAAACACAAUCUUGAUACUGUGAAAUUUGCUGAAAGAGAUGACCACUAUAGUGGAUUCAAACAUGAGGAAGAACUGUCUCAGAAAACUGCUUUUUACAACAGACAUUUAACAAAUUUUCCUGCUGACAUAAAGGUAUGGUUAGAAUAUAUUCAGUUCCAAGAUACAGUGUAUGAGUUUGAGAAAACAUAUAGAAAGGGUAGUAUUGCUAAAGCACAAAUUGUUCUAGCACAAAGAAAACUUGCUAUCAUUGAUAAAGCAGUAUCUCUCAACUCAAGUUGUGACUUACUUCACCGGAAACGAUUGAAUAUAGCAGUUACUGCUUUUCCAGCAGAUGAACUUCAGAAUUACUUGAAAGAACUUGUGAAUAAAGAUAAGAGUAAUAUAAUAUUGUGGCAAGGAUAUAUUGAAGCCACACAGUGUUCUAUGUCCCAUUGCAACACUCCUGCAGUUUUGAAUUUAUAUUCAAAGUGUUUAUCAACUUUGCAUCAGUUGAGAAGAUCCACAUCUGUUGAGAAGUAUCUACUUGAAGAGUCUAUUUUGAGAAUGCUUUAUCAGUGCUGCUUGUUUUUGAAGCAAGCUGGAUUGUUUGAACAGCUCUGGACACUCUUGAAAAUGUACUUAGAAUUGAAUUUAUCUUCUAAUGAUAAGUCAAAAUUCAACAUAUCCUCAGGAUUCAGAGAAAAUCAGUUGACUGAAUUAGAAGAUAUCAUUUUCACAUCUAACUUACCUUUGCAUGAACUUUGGCUGCGUACUGAAAGAUUAAGGGAGUCUUGUCAUUGGGUACCAUACACAGAAGAGGAUAAUAAUUGUGAAGACCCUCAAAGAAUUGUAUUUACUGAAGAUGUUGCAGAACUUAUACACCCUAUAACAAAGCCUGAAAAUAUAUUCAAGCUGACAGCCACUAUUUUUACUCUUCUUAAAAUUCCUUUAUUACCUUGUCGCCAUACUACCAUGCAAGAUCUAGGGUUAGACUAUGUACCUUGGAGUCUGGACUCCAUUGAACCUCUGUUAUCUAUGUUUUUACCCAUUUAUCCAGUUGAAAUGGAAAAUGAACACUUAUGGACUGAUAAUAGAUUAGCUGUUGGCCCUCAGUAUUUGAAGAAACUGCCUGGACAAGAAGAAUAUUUGGAGUUUAUACUGAAGAUUAUGGAAAAUUCCUCAGAUUGUUUAUCUGGAGACAAUAAAAUUGCAAUUACUGUAUGGUUUUUCAGAUUUCAGAGACUAUUGAUAAUAUUGGAUAAAUCAACACUUCUUAUAUUGGCUGAUUCUUUCAAGAAAAAGAUUAAGAAAACUGUAAGGGAGUUUCUGAAACAUGAUGAAAAUAGACAAAAUGAAAUAUACUAUUUGGAAUAUGCUCUCAUAGAGUAUGAACUAGGAAAUAAGGAUAACUGCUUCAAAAUAAUAAACACAGCACUAAGUUUCAAUAAACAAACUGAGUUUGUUACAGAAAAUUGGCCAAACAAUCAGAAAAAUUGGUGUUAUCUCUAUAAAAAUUUAAUACAGAUGAAACUAUGCUCAAAACUAUGUGAUGAUUAUACCAGGUCUGAAAGAAAUGAAGAUGCAUUGAAGUUGAUUUGUGAGAUGGUUUUGAUUCAAAAGGAUAUUCAACCAAAUGAGAACAUACUGAACAAGGUUGAGGCUAAGUUAGAUUCAAUUUCUGCUGAGAUAAUAGAAACAAAAGUUUCCAAUUUGCCUACACUCCAACAUUUUCUACCAGAUUUUGCUACUGAUUGGCUUAUAAUUCAUGUUUUGUUCAAAUAUAGUAUGGAAACAAAAUAUGGUGGAUUCUUCAAACUCCUUGAUGAUGUGCUCUAUACAGCCAUUGAAAAUUAUCCCAAUAAUGUGUUUAUUUUAUCCAUUCUUGAAAGAGAACAGAGUAUAGGGAAUGCUCUAGGACCAAGAUGGUGGAAAAUGCAAAACAUGUUGCUCAGUUCUGGUAGAGCACUGUCAUCAUUGUUUGCAAUUGUUAUUGUUAACCAGCACAUUCUUAAUCUCAGAGAAACUGUGUGUGAUACUAUUACAGGUGACAAAUAUGAUAUCAAUUCAAGUCUGAAGAAUAAAAUGUUGUCAUUGUUCAAGAAAGUCACCUCGGGCGUUACUACCAGAAAAUGUGGAUUAGUUUGGAGAUUAUACCUACAAUUUGUCUACACAUACUUUUCUCCUGAACUCUGCCGCAAUGUGUAUUAUUCUGCUGUCGAGGAAUGCCCAUGGCUGAAGUCAUUAUAUAUUGAUGCUGCCAUCUAUAUUCCAGCUGAAUUAUCACAGAUCCAAGAUCUUAUUAUCGAGAAGCAACUGAGGUUACACGUUACUCCUGAGGAGCUGGAUAUCCUGAGAAGUUGA